AAGAUAAAAAGGAAAUUGUUAGAAGUUCGAUUAAUCUUAUAUGGGAAGCUACUGAUGGAGGAAUUAAAAAAAUUGUUUUUAAUAACCAAUCACGUUCAGCAGCAAUUUUCUUAAGUGAUGGCACUGAGGAUACCGAAAACUUGAACGCACCUGGAGACCUAGAUAGUGACAAUUUAUCGCAAGUCGAUGAGCUAAUGUUUGAUACCCAAGCAAGUGAAAACGAUACAUUAAAUUUGGAAGAAGGUCAACAUACUGAAGAUAAUAAUGUCAAUAAUGACUUUGAAGAAACCGACAAAUUAUUACCCGAUUCUCAUUCGUCAAUUAAUGUUACUGUUGUUAAUAAUGAAUUUGAAAGUAAUGAAGAAAUCGAUGCCUUAUUACCUGAUUCUCAUUCGUCAAUCAAUGUUACUGUCAAUACUUCGCAAGCAGUUAGCACCGAUAAUCAAAUUUCAAUUGAUAACGAAUGCGUUACUGAUAAUCAACAAGCUGAAAAUAACAGAGAAUUGGUUGAAUCUAUAUUCAAUGAUGAGGAAGUUGAUGAAUUAUUACCUGAUUCUCAUUCGCCAAUCAAUGUUACUGUCAAUACUUCGCAAGCAGUUAGCAUCGAUAACCAAAUUUCAUCUGAUAACGAAUGUGUUACUGAUAAUCAGCAUGUAGAUGAAUCUAUGCUCAAUGACCAUCCCAAUGACCAGCCCAAUGAUCAGCCAUCAAUUAAUGUUAUCUCAGGAAUGCUUGAACAAACGAUCCUGGCAGAAAAUAGUACACUAGCUGAUAAUAUUGAAUCGAUUCAAGAUAAUGAUUAUGUAAGAAUUUCAACUAGUCGAUUAAUAAAUUUCAAAAAUAAAUUUAUUGAUAUAGAUUCUUGUCAAAAAAAUUUGACAGGAAGAGGACUUUGCUGA